GUAUCAAUUUUGCCAACAAAAUAAUUUAAAGCAUCACACACUUUCUUAUUCGUUUAACUUCACUUAAACCAACUUCUCUUAGCUGUAAUGUCCCAAAUUUCUCACAUUCUUUUCUGUCUUCUUAACCUUCUAUAAAUAUAUAUAACAUCUGACCUUUUCAUUCAACUCAAAACAGAAAAACACACCCAUUUCUACUCUUAUACAUUUCCAACUUUCAUAACAAAAAAAAUAUAUUACAUAUAUACAUGGCUUCUUCAAAUAAUUACCAUGUUAGAUCAGCUAGUUACCCUCCAAAAUCCAAUCCAAUACUACAAAAAAUCGAUGAUGAACUUAUGAAGCUUCGAAAAUCCGAAGCUUCAACAUCAUCUGUAUCUGAAACAAUGGUUGUAGGAUUAACAGGUUUAGCGCGAUUGUACAAAUGUGUUGAUGAUGUGCUUAGAAUGCCACUUCUUGCACAACCAACACUUCAUGCUAAACCUGCAAACCAUUUCAACCCAAUAGUUGAAGGAUCCUUAAAACUUUUAGAAAUCUGCAAUGCCUCGCAACAAUGUCUGGUAAGACUGUUGGAAGCUGUUCGAGCAUCGCUUCGAUGUUCGAACAGUAGCGAGGCUCGGGGUGAGAUCUCAAGGUACUUCUGUCUAAGAAAGGAGAUUACAAAGAUAGCAAAAGGGCUUGUUUUGGAAUUAAGACAGAUUGAAGGAAGUUUAGUGUCAGAAAAAAGAGAGUUGAUUAGUGAGGAAUUUGAGGUGAUUAGUGUUUUGAGAUGUGUAAGUAUUAUUAACAUCUCAGUUCUUGAGUCAUUUUUAUCAUUCUUAAUAGUCUCAUCUAAGGGUAAAUUUGGUUUGAUUUCGAAGUUAGUUGCAAAAAUGUCUGUGAUUAGUGAAGAGAAGUUGUGUGAAAAAGGGAAUGAGUUGAGUAAUGUUGAUGUUGUGUUACAUGCAUUUGAUGGCGAGAGAUGCGAUUAUGAUGUUGUUAAGAAAAGAUUGCAGGUUUUGGAGGUUUCUUUGAGAGGGAUUGAAGAUGGUUUAAACAACAUUUGUAAACAAUUAACUAGGACUAGAGCUUCUUUAAUUAAUAUAAUUUCUGUUUAGUUAGUACAGGUUUAGUUGCUAGCUGUAUCUUGUAUAUAUAGAAGUUCAAACUUGUACAUUCCAACAUUUCUCAAUGAGAAGAAAUUAUGAUA